GUCGGUUGAAAAACAGUGUUUGAACUCUAUCAGUGGUGCCAAAAUUGCCCACCCCUUCGACUCUUUUAGGGUGAAAGUGUAGAUUCUUGGUAAAGAAGUUCGGUCUAAUCGCAUAGUGUUCUUCUUAACAGUUUACUCGAUUAUCUUCAACCCACAUCCAAUAUGUCCUUCCAAAGACUUUGGAUGCAUCCAUACCCGAUUUUGACCUAAAGUGGAUACCGGAUAAUUGAAAUGGUAGUUGAGUUGAAUUGCACUACACCAUCCAAUUUAAACAUCAAAAGUUUGUGCUUGAAUUAUGGGAAUAAAAAAAUCCCUACAUCAACUAAAUUUGGAAAGAAAGGAAACCCUAGAUUGAGUUUACAAACAAGGUCUUGUUUGGGAAAUGGAAAUGGUGGUGUUAGAAGCAAUGGGAUUGGAAAGAGAGAUGGGGUGAUUAUUGUUGAUCAUGGGUCACGUAGAAAGGAGUCCAAUCUUAUGCUAAAUGAAUUUGUGGCAAUGUUUAUAGCGAAAACCGGGUACCCAAUUGUUGAGCCUGCUCAUAUGGAGCUAGCAAAACCAUCAAUACAAGAUGCCUUUCAUGCUUGUGUUGAAAAAGGUGCAAAUCGUGUGAUAGUAAGCCCAUUCUUCCUCUUCCCAGGGCGACACUGGCAUCAGGAUAUUCCUUCCUUAACUGCUGAAGCUGCAAAAGACUAUCCAGAUGUCUCAUAUUUGAUAACUGCACCUCUUGGACUACAUUCACUUCUUCUGGACGUAGUGGAUGACAGAAUUAAACAUUGCUUAAGCCAUAUUGCUGGUGAUGCAGAGGAGUGUGCAGUUUGUGUGGGAACAGGAAAAUGUCGUCUUCAUUGAUUUAUAUAUUGAAAGAAAAUCUAUAAACAAAGUUUUAAUUUUCAGGUAGAAUAAUUUUUUUAAUUUGUAUAAUCACUCCAAGUCAUCAGAGUAAAUAGAAACUUUCGUUACAAGUUCAUUUUA